UGGACGAAGUUGGGAUGCGAAGCUCGGAUCAAUUUUUGACGGAGCUCGAACGUUGUCCCAAUCGGGGCGUCCGCUGGUCUCUCCGCGUCAACUUGAACCCCCAAAGGCGGCUUAUGAAGACUACUGGUGUCAACUCCGCGCAACAACGGGCGUCCUCUAUCCUCAUGAUAAUAAUAUUAAAUUGAUCGCCAUAUUCUUAUAUAAUUCUGGGCCCAUCGCCCCCUCAAAUGAUGACUGGUGUCGCGGACGACGGGCAGUAGGAUCGCUAUGUCGUCUACAAGAGACAACCCGGACAGUUCCAACGACGUCGCGGGCAGUCAGCGCCAGCGGCCAUGGCUCUUCCCAUCGAAUCGCAGACUGCGACACUUGCAGGGGGUCUCGGUUCGUAAUCUCGUCAUCGACCCCCCAUCCAACCGGUCUCGUGGGAAGACAAUUGACGACGAUGACAUCCCGAACACCCUACAGUCGCCGGCGAAAGCAAUGGCCAAAGCGGAAAGCCGCUCAUUGCAGCAUUCGCGCUCCUUUACGGACCUGAAGAACCCUGUCAAACUGCCUGGCAAUGAUGCUGAAGAUCCGCGGCAUGAAUCCCGGCGCAGUCGAAGACGAAGUACCCUCCCCUGGAGUGGCGAUAAUGCCGAGGUUAGACAGAUAAAACUCGGGGAUAUCAUGCAGAGCAGGAUGGCAGAUACGUGGUUUUCGAUCCAUUGCGACAAUGUCGAAGGCCCGGUGUAUAUCAGCGAGGUGAUUGAGAAAGCGACGAAUCCAAGCUUUCAGUCUUUCGAUCUAAACACCUGCGGACCACUUGUCUCGCGAUUGGAUGAGAUGACAUUAAAGCUCUGGGCGAAAACGGCUGCGAUGCGUGAAUAUACAUUGCUGGUCGAGCUACAGCUGAGUCUCCGGUCUCUUCAAUUCGUGGGGAAAUCGCUGGACAGCUUUCACCAGCCUCUCCCGCCCAAUUCGAUUCUCUUCCACUUUGCCGACGGGGUGUAUACGAAUUUAACAGAUCUUCCUCCCGUCCAAGGGCCUGGAACCUCCAAGGUGUCGGAAUGGCAUCAGAAAAGUGCCCACCCGACAUCCUCCUAUGAUGCAUUGAUGCGCUUGGCGAACCUGGACGACUGUAUUCAGGAUGCGCUGGCGACAAGGGAGAAGCUAGAGGCGCAGAUCAACACGAUCCUCGAGAAGAACCAGCAUGCAAUCUCUUCCCUUAGCAAGGCUUCACAAGCGCAAGACCACCUUUCCUUCACGAAACGCGCCGUCGCAGCUGAGAAGAAGCAGCUCCGUGGUUCCACCAAACGCAAAGAAGAAUUAGUAGCUAGUAUAAAGGCGAGGAGAGAGGCAAUGGUUGUUGGCCGUGAGAGCCAGGAUAGGACACGCAGCCAUCUCCCUGAUGCCCAAGUGAAACUCGCAUCAAGUGCAAGUCUGCUGGAGAAGAACACAGAAGAAUCCAAGGGCCAAAUACGCCGUAUCUGUGAAGAUCUUCUUUCAGUCUAUCCAAUCGAGCCUAUUCCGGGAAAGCCACUCGCUUUUACCAUUGCUGGCCUCGCGUUGCCCAAUUCAUCCUUUGGGGAUAUAGACCGGGAGUCGGUCGCCGCGGCUCUCGGAUUCACGGCUCAUUUGGUAUUUCUUCUGUCGUUCUAUCUAUCUACUCCUAUUCCCUAUCCCCUCAAGCCCUAUUCCUCAGCGUCGAUUAUUCACGACCCCGUGUCGGUUGCUCUCCCACAGCGGACUUUCCCCCUCUAUCCGGUGAACGUUCACUAUCGGUUCGAGUACGGUGUCUUCCUCCUCAACAAGGAUAUCGAGUUCCUUAUGACGGCCCGUGGACUACGGCCACUCGACAUUCGCCAUACUUUGCCCAAUCUGAAAUAUCUGCUCUACGUGCUCACUGCAGGGGGCGCUGAAAUACCGCUUCGCAAAGCGGGAGGGGUUCGUGGUCUGCUGCUGGGCCGAGUCACUCCCAAUCUCUCGCGCAGAGACAGUGAGGAUAGUGUUACCAGCGGUGAAUGGAUCAAUCCGCGGAAGUUCCCUGAUGCCGGCACGAAGAUGAAUGGGGUUGGUGAUAAAACCAAGGGGAAGAGGGCAUCGACCUUUGCAGAUGUUUCUGCCACAUCGCCUGGCCCCAAUGCUCAUCCUCUGCGAACGGGCGCCUAGAGCUGCAUUUCUUCAAAGCUAGAUGUUGGACUAGUGUACGAUAGCGAUAGCAUAGCUCCGUUCAACUUGGUAGAAUUGUACAGUAUCUUGGAUCAAGCAUGCCCUAUAGAACGUAAGGCCGCUAUAUGCGAUGAUAGUUCAAGCC